AGAGAGAACCAAAACUUUUGGUGUGGUCACUCCCUAUUUUGGGAGAAGUUCUAAGCCCAUCCCGAAAGACGGAAAGAGAGAGAGACGGAGAAAGACGUUCGCGUUCCACAUACGUGCAAAUACACACCCUCAAUUUCUCUUUCUGUCCCAUAAGUCUGCUGUCAAUCGAGAGUUCCAAGGAGCGCUCUUUCCCAAAAGGUCCCUUUUUCUCUCACAAAUGGAUCACAGACUAGCUGUAUAGCCACGGGUCCGUUUGUUCCACCACAACUAGAAGUAGCAGUAUUGGUUGUUAGCAGCUCAAAGCUGAAGUUGUUCCUUUCAGAGGCAGUUCAUGUUCCACCACCAACAAGUAAGGUAGAGUCCCCUGAAAAACAGCACUGAGCCCUCCUAAAACUGAAUACACAAGGCAUUGGUGGGGCUACAUUGCGGACAUCGACCAGCAGUAUUUGGGGGUUUUCCCGGGUCAGACUAAGAAAAUGUGAUAAUGUCCCUUGUCUGACUUGAAAGUCGUCAAUCUCAUGAAAUUUGUGCCUCGAAGAGAUAAACUCUUUUGUUACUAACAGCCAGAUAUUCUUGGUUAUCAUAAUGAAUUCCGGUGAAUUAAAAGUGGAUGUGCCUUUGGCCUCCAUGGAGUCCGACAUGGAUGACGAUCUCGAGUCCACUCACUCCGAUACGAACCCACAUCCAGCAUCUGGAGUGAGCAAGAGCACCAAGCAAAGCAUCAAUGCCGCCAACAAAUCCAGGUCUUCAUCGGCCAAUAGAAGAGCCUCGCCCAGAUUCAAUCUGGAUGGAACGGAUUCCAUGACCGGAUCUCUGGAGGAUUUGGUGAACUCCUUCGACGACAAGUUGACCAACGUGUUCCAUGACUAUCAAGAACAAGUGGAUAAAAUCGCACCAGUUCAGGUUCGCUCCCAAGAAGAGAUCAUGAACGAAUGCCAGGUUUGGUGGACGAUAACCGGAAACUUUGGGAACAUGAUGCCCAUUGAUUGGUCCAAAUCCACGGUGAGAGCCAAGCAUCUGCCCACUUUGAAUCUAAUGGGUGCCAAACCCGCCAGUCGAGGUCGUUCUUCAUCUACCGCACGAACUGCCAGAGAUUCCGUGAACAAUGGAGAUGAUCUCGAGGAGGAAGAUGACAUCGUGGCUGCUGAUCUGGAUAUGCAUAGCCUGAUCCUGUCAUCGCAUCAGCAAGAGAAUUCCGACCAGAUUAAAAGUGCCGAGGAAGUCAUAAAAGAGAUCGACGAUAUGAUCGAAGAGAGCGAUCUACAAGACACAGAAGAUGAUAACGGCCUUGGUCAAAGCGGAGGUCCUUUCCAAUCCGAAGGGUCUCACAACCGACCAUCCAACUCCUCCUCAUCCACAUCCACCCACCUUCGAGAGCAUCCAGCCGGGUUCUCGUCGUACCAAAGAUCCUCGCAAAUGGUUAGUCAAGCCUUGGCCGGACGGAAAUUGGAAGAGCUCUCCUCCAACGAGCUCAGUCAGAUCUUGAACGAUAUCGAGAUUCUCGUCCGAGAACUCUCCGAGGAGUUGGUCAACGAUCUGGGCGUCCGAGACGAGCUAGAGUAUGAGAAAGAACUCAAGAACACCUUCAUCUCAUUGCUCCUAUCCAUCCAAAGCAAGAGACGGCAACACGUGGCCGAUGGUGGCAAGAUGCGGCGGGAUCCCAAGGACAUGUACAAAUAUUUGACCACCGUGAUUCCUUACCAACCGGAAAGAGGCGAACCUCCAUUGGCCACGUUACAAGUCCUGGUGAAGAUCCUGAAGUCCAUCAAUGAGGACUCGCCAGCCGUCCCGGCCUUACUCACCGAUUACAUUUUGAAGGUCCUCUGUCCGUCUUAAAGAGGACCCGAGUGGAUUGCAUUGAAUCGCCUCACGUUUUGUUUGACUCUCGAGAGAACUUUAUUUUCCCGUGGCAUAUACUCUCUGUAUUAAAUUCGUUUCAGAAUCUCUUUUAGUCUCAUGUUACUCUGAUAGAAUGUCACCCAAUGCUGUUGUCCAUAGCCAUGUUGAAAUACACCAUUAACUUGC